CUAGAAAUUGAAAGAUAGUCAGUCAUUGUGUCGUCGAGUCAUCAAAAUGCAUGCUAUUUGUAGACUACCUUAGGACCUGAAUGACUCCCGACAUCGCCGCAGCGCUGCCCCGCCAUACAAAAGUUCCCCGCGAACAUUAACUUUAGUUACAAUCACGAAGCCGUCUACUCUCCUACCUCCACAACUCUCUCACAAUGGCUCCAAAAAGGUCGCCGUUUGAUCUGCAGAAAUGCGCAAGACCCAACAUCCUAGCAUUGGAGCCGUACCGCUGUGCGCGCGAUGACUACAAAGAUGACGGCACGAACAUCCUCCUCGACGCAAAUGAAAACGCAUAUGGACCUGGAUUAGCGCUGAGCGGCGAGGGCAAAUUCUCAGGCGCGAACGCCAAUGUUGCAUCGGGUUCAUCGUCCGCAAUCAAUGUCGAUCUACUGGGGUUAAACCGAUACCCAGAUCCUCACCAAGAUGAGCUCAAACAACUCCUCUGCAACCUCCGCAACACGCAUGCCCACACGACGAAAACGAUCACGCCCGCCCACCUCUUCGUCGGCGUAGGCUCCGACGAAGCAAUCGACGCUCUCAUCCGCGCUUUCUGCGUCCCCGGCAGAGAAAAGAUCCUCACAUGUCCGCCCACAUAUGGAAUGUACAGUGUUUCCGCGCAAGUCAACGACGUCGACCUCGUCAAGAUCCCACUACAAACCCCAAGCUUUGAUCUCGAUGUACCAGCGAUAAAGAAAGCGCUGGACGAAGACAAGAGCAUAAAGCUAGCCUAUCUCUGCUCACCGGGUAAUCCAACGGGGAAACUUCUGCGGAAAGAAGACGUGCAAGCGAUACUCGAGCAUGAGAGCUGGAACGGCGUCGUAGUGCUCGACGAAGCAUACAUUGACUUCGCGCCCGAAGGCUCCAGUCUAGCAGAGUGGGUGGCCGAGUGGCCCAACCUCGUCGUCAUGCAGACGCUGUCCAAAGCGUUUGGGCUGGCGGGUAUACGGCUAGGCGCGGCAUUUACGCAUCCUGCCAUUGCGUCCCUGCUCAACGCUAUGAAGGCGCCGUACAAUAUUCCCAAUCCGACGAGCCAGCUUGCGCGCGCGGCGCUCAGCCCGAAACACCUCGACGUUAUGCGGAGGAACAAGGACCUUAUCGUCCAGCAGCGAGAUAGGCUCAUCGCUGCUCUUCCGCAGAUUCCGGGCGUGGGGAGACUACACGGCGGCGUGGAGUCGAAUUUCCUGCUCUACCAGAUCCUCGAUGCGCCGGCGGACAAGGGGGGAAAGCCGUCGAACGAAGCGGCGCUUGCGGUAUACGAGGGUUUGGCUGAAGAGAGGGGCGUGGUGGUUCGGUUUAGAGGAAAGGAGCAUGGGUGUCUUGGGUGCUUGAGGAUAACCAUCGGCACGGAGAAGGAAGUGGAUCGCUUUCUGCAGGAGAUUCGCACGGUGCUUGAGGCGGUUUAUCGGAGAACGGGUAAGCUGGGCGGGAAAGAGGAGGAGCGGAGAGAGACGGAGGCGAAUGAUGUGGUUGCAUAGAAGGGCCAUGGCGCAAGCCACCUGUUCUUUCAUAAUAGUGUUAUCAUCCUGCAUAUCAGGGGAGGACCAAGGUCCUACUUGGUGUAGAGUAAUCUUUCUCGCCGGUUACAUAUGAGUGCGUGGCGAAGUGGAAGGGAUAGACAAGACAUGCAAAUCAUAUCAACCUACUU